GUGUUUCGUCCACAGCGGUUCAGAAAUUUAACGCCGUGCGGCGGGCGCACAAAUAAACUUUGAUUAUUUUGGUCAGAAAUAAAGGUUUUUGUUGACAAUCACCAUGUAUGAUCAAGAUGAAGAUAUUCAGUAUGAUGAAGAUGAUGAUGAAAUCACCCCUGAUCUGUGGCAGGAGGCCUGUUGGAUUGUAAUCAGUUCGUACUUUGAUGAGAAGGGUUUGGUGCGACAGCAGCUGGAUUCGUUCGAUGAGUUCAUCCAGAUGUCUGUGCAGAGGAUCGUGGAGGAUGCUCCGCCCAUUGACCUGCAGGCUGAGGCCCAGCACACAUCUGGAGAGGUGGAGGAUCCGCCACGGUACCUGCUGAAGUUUGAGCAGAUCUACCUGUCCAAACCCACUCACUGGGAAAGAGAUGGUGCUCCAUCACCCAUGAUGCCAAAUGAGGCCAGACUACGUAAUCUUACGUAUUCUGCUCCUCUCUAUGUGGACAUCACAAAAACAAUCAUAAAGGACGGAGAAGAGCAACAACAGACGCAGCAUCAAAAAACCUUCAUUGGCAAAAUUCCCAUCAUGCUUCGCUCUACAUACUGUUUGCUGAGCGGCCUGACGGAUCGAGAUCUCUGCGAGUUGAACGAGUGCCCACUGGACCCAGGAGGCUACUUUAUCAUCAACGGUUCAGAGAAGGUCCUGAUUGCACAAGAGAAGAUGGCUACUAACACAGUGUAUGUGUUUGCUAAAAAAGACUCCAAGUAUGCUUACACUGGAGAGUGUAGAUCAUGUCUGGAGAACUCCUCCAGACCUACCAGCACCAUCUGGGUCAGCAUGAUGGCCCGUGGAGGACAGGGAGUAAAGAAAAGUGCCAUUGGUCAAAGGAUUGUCUCUACUUUGCCGUAUAUCCGGCAGGAAGUGCCCAUCAUCAUUGUGUUUCGAGCUUUGGGCUUUGUGUCUGAUAGAGACAUCCUUGAACACAUCAUCUAUGACUUUGAUGAUCCUGAGAUGAUGGAGAUGGUCAAACCAUCUUUGGAUGAGGCCUUUGUGAUUCAGGAACAAAACGUAGCUCUGAACUUCAUUGGCUCUAGAGGUGCCAAACCCGGUGUCACCAAAGAGAGAAGAAUUAAAUAUGCUAAAGAGGUUCUUCAGAAAGAGGUGCUGCCACACGUUGGUGUAUCAGAUUUCUGCGAGACCAAAAAGGCGUAUUUCUUAGGUUACAUGGUUCACAGACUGCUAUUGGCUGCUCUGGGUAGGCGAGAGCUGGAUGACAGAGAUCACUAUGGCAACAAGAGGCUUGAUCUUGCCGGACCUCUGCUUGCAUUUCUUUUUAGAGGGAUGUUCAAGAACCUGCUGAAGGAGAUCAGGAUGUAUGCACAGAAGUUCAUUGAUAGGGGCAAGGACUUUAAUCUGGAGCUGGCCAUUAAGACUCGCAUCAUUUCUGAUGGCCUCAAGUACUCGCUAGCCACGGGUAACUGGGGGGAUGUGAAGAAAGCCCAUCAGGCCAGAGCAGGUGUAUCUCAGGUGUUGAAUAGGUUAACAUUUGCAUCCACUCUCUCCCACCUGCGUCGUGUAAACUCCCCCAUCGGGCGAGAUGGCAAACUUGCCAAACCCAGACAGCUCCAUAACACAUUGUGGGGUAUGGUGUGCCCUGCCGAGACCCCUGAGGGUCAUGCUGUAGGUUUGGUGAAGAAUCUGGCUCUUAUGGCCUACAUCUCUGUGGGUUCUCAGCCCUCCCCCAUCCUGGAGUUCUUGGAGGAGUGGAGUAUGGAGAACUUGGAAGAAAUCUCACCCGCUGCCAUUGCAGAUGCAACUAAGAUUUUUGUGAACGGCUGUUGGGUCGGCAUUCAUAAAGACCCUGAGCAACUGAUGAACACUUUACGAAAACUGAGGAGACAGAUGGACAUCAUCGUGUCUGAGGUGUCGAUGAUCAGAGACAUUCGUGAAAGGGAGAUCAGGAUCUACACUGAUGCUGGUAGGAUCUGCCGUCCUCUUCUCAUCGUGGAGAAACAGAAACUACUUCUGAAGAGGCGACACAUCGACCAGCUUAAGGAAAGGGAAUAUAAUAACUACAGUUGGCAAGACCUGGUGGCCAGCGGUGUUGUUGAAUAUAUCGACACCUUAGAAGAGGAGACUGUGAUGUUGGCUAUGACUCCCGAUGACCUUCAGGAGAAGAGCGUGGCUUAUUGCUCCACUUACACGCAUUGUGAGAUCCACCCGUCCAUGAUCCUGGGAGUCUGUGCAUCCAUCAUUCCCUUCCCUGAUCACAACCAGUCUCCCAGAAACACGUACCAGUCUGCUAUGGGUAAACAAGCCAUGGGAGUUUACAUCACCAACUUCCACGUGCGUAUGGACACCCUGGCCCACGUGCUGUACUACCCUCAGAAACCUCUCGUCACUACACGCUCCAUGGAGUACCUGCGCUUCAGAGAGCUGCCAGCAGGCAUCAAUUCUAUUGUGGCUAUUGCUUCAUAUACUGGAUACAACCAGGAAGAUUCUGUCAUCAUGAACCGUUCGGCUGUGGAUCGUGGAUUCUUCAGGUCAGUGUUCUACCGCUCGUAUAAGGAACAGGAAUCGAAGAAAGGCUUUGACCAGGAAGAGAUCUUUGAGAAACCCACCAGAGAGACCUGUCAAGGCAUGCGACACGCCAUCUAUGACAAACUAGAUGACGAUGGUUUGAUCGCUCCCGGUGUGCGUGUAUCCGGCGAGGACGUCAUCAUCGGAAAAACCGUGACUCUUCCCGAGAACGACGAUGAGAUGGAUAGCACCAACCGUCGCUACACUAAGAGAGACUGUAGCACUUUUCUGCGCACAAGUGAGACUGGCAUUGUCGACCAAGUCAUGGUCACGCUAAACCAGGAGGGCUACAAGUUCUGCAAAAUCAGAGUGCGUUCGGUUCGCAUUCCCCAAAUCGGAGACAAGUUCGCCAGUCGUCACGGACAAAAGGGUACCUGUGGUAUCCAAUACAGACAAGAGGACAUGCCUUUCACGUGUGAAGGUAUCACUCCCGACAUUAUCAUCAAUCCUCACGCCAUCCCGUCCAGAAUGACAGUCGGCCAUUUGAUCGAGUGUCUGCAAGGGAAGGUUUCUGCAAACAAAGGAGAGAUCGGUGAUGCCACACCAUUCAACGACGCUGUGAACGUACAAAAAGUCUCCAACCUGCUGUCAGAAUAUGGCUACCAUCUGAGAGGAAAUGAGGUUUUGUAUAACGGUUUCACUGGUCGUAAGCUCACCUCACAGAUCUUCAUUGGACCCACAUACUACCAGCGUCUGAAGCACAUGGUGGAUGAUAAGAUUCACUCCAGGGCCCGUGGGCCGGUCCAGAUUCUCAACAGACAGCCCAUGGAGGGCAGAUCACGUGAUGGUGGGCUGCGAUUCGGAGAGAUGGAACGUGAUUGUCAGAUUGCUCACGGUGCAGCGCAGUUCCUGAAGGAAAGGCUAUUCGAGGCAUCUGACCCGUACCAGGUCCACGUUUGCAAUCUGUGCGGUCUCAUGGCCAUCGCCAACACCCGCACGCACACCUACGAGUGCAGGGGCUGCCGCAACAAGACACAGAUUUCUCUGGUCAGGAUGCCGUACGCCUGUAAACUCUUAUUCCAGGAGCUGAUGUCUAUGAGCAUCGCCCCACGAAUGAUGACCAGCUGAACGCCCACGCAGCUGAAUCAUGGGAAACAGGAACCUGGGAGAAUGGAGCAAAUCGUAUUGAUUUUGAAUGGAUCCCAACAGCACUUCCUGUCUGCUGGGCUUGUGUACUUUUAUAUUUUGUUGUUUUUCCAUGUGUUGUUAUUGUGCUGGAACAGCAAUGUUUUGGUUUUCGCCCGAAUAAAAUAAAGCUUUUUUAAAAAAAA